GUAUCUUCAAAGAUGGGAAAAUUCCUACUCAUCUCGGUUCUCAUAUUUGUAUCAGCAUGUUCAACCACGGCAACAGAUCCGGGGAAUCCCUACGGUUCCUGCGCGACCACGGCCAACAAAAACUACUUUGUGUGCAAAAUGGCCGCAAAUUUGACCGUUCUGGCUGGAUUCACUGAGAAAUUCAUUUACACAAAUGAUAUCUACCAAUUAAUUGAUGUGGUUGUUUACCCCGCUGAUAUGUACACCACUACACCGCCCAUAGAGAGACUCCCCAUCUGGCGAUUGCAAAAAUCCACUAUACUGAGCUCUGUAUCUGUGAAGCACAUAGAAUUACACAGAGAUUUUGAUUUUCCAAGAAACGUGAACAUCGGCGAUAUUAUCCUAAGCAACAAUAACUUAACGGCAUUCCCUACAAACAUUACCAACCGAGAUGACCUACAUUACAUAGUGAUACAAUAUCAAAAAAUCAGGGCUUUAUCUCCCAAUUCGUUCACCGCAAUAAUGGCCAACCUGAAGAAACUCAGUUUGGAAAAUAUUCAGCUGGAGGAAAUCGAGCCAAACACUUUCACGCAAUUGAGUCACCUGACCCAUCUGCACUUGUCGGAAAAUCACUUGAAUGUUCUACAUUCUGACAUGUUUACUGGUCUUAAUCAUCUGCAAGUUCUUUACUUGUUUAACAAUCAAAUCCGUGCAAUAGAGCCUGGGACUUUCGACACUAUGUCAGACACACUGGAGUAUCUCAAUUUAAACCGUAAUCAGCUGAAAGUAAUUGAGCCAAAGACUUUCACGCCAUUGAGCAGACUGGUGACUCUGGACUUGUCCGCAAAUUCCUUGGAGAUUCUAGCUCCUGAUAUGUUUCCUGGUUAUUUGAGCGGUUUGGAUUUGAGGUUUAACGAAAUCCAUACGAUAAAACCUGGAACUUUCGCCAAUAUUACGGAUAAACUGCAGUAUCUCGCCUUAGAUGGUAAUCAGCUGACAACCAUCGAGCCAAAUAUUUUCACGCAAUUCGGGAACCUGGACAAGCUGAUUUUGAGGCAUAAUAGGUUGAACACUCUAACUCCUGACAUGUUUGGUGGACAAGUGCAGCAUCUUAUAUUGAACAGUAACCAAAUCAACACGAUAAAACCUGGAACAUUCGCCAAUGUCUCGGCUAAACUGAAGCAAAUCAGUUUACAAGAUAAUCAACUGGAAGACCUCGAGCCAAAUACUUUCAUGGAAUUGAGCGGCCUGAGAUCCCUGGACAUGAUGAACAAUUACUUGAAGGUUUUAUCUUCUCAUAUUUUUGCCGGUCUUGAUAAUUUGAACACCCUUUACUUGGACUAUAACCAAAUCCAUACGAUAGAACCCGAAGCUUUCGCCGAUAUAAAAAAUAGCCUGAAGUGGCUCCAUUUAAAGCAUAAUGAGCUGGAAGUCAUCAAGCCAAAUACCUUCACGCAACUCCCCAAACUGGAGUACCUGAUAAUGUCGGAAAAUCGCUUAAAAGUUCUAGCUCCUGGUAUGUUUGCUGGUCCUUUGAUGAAUUUAUGGUUGGACGCUAACCAAAUCCAUGCGAUAAAACCUGGAACUUUUGACAAGAUCAACAGUAAAUACAUGUUUUUAAACGGUAAUCAACUGAGCGUUAUCGAGCCAAACACUUUCAAACAAUUGAGCGGCAUACGCUCCCUGAACCUGCGUAAAAAUUACUUCAAAACUUUAUCUCCUGAUAUGUUUGCUGGUCUUGAUAAUUUGAAAUCUCUUUUCUUGGGGAAUAACCAAAUUCAUACGAUAGAAAAUGGAACUUUCACGCAAUUCAGCGGCCUGGACACUCUGGACUUGACGGAAAAUAACUUGACGGUUCUACAUCUUGACAUGUUUGCUGGUCUUGAUCGUUUGAAAGAUCUUCGCUUGGAAGAUAACCCAAUCGAUACGAUAAACUUUGGAAGUUUCGGCAGUUUUUCUCUUCUUCAAAAAGCCUUUCCUGCUGCGGACUGGCUGAAUGGCCUUUCGAGACUUCCUACGGAACUUAAUAAACGCAGGGUUACUUAUGUGAUGGGUAAUGGAAUCAUAAUAACGUAAUUUAAACGCGAAGAAUUUUCUUUUGUAUUGAACGGUCUUUAGGCGGAAAUUCCUGCACAGGGAUUCCAUUAAAUAUCAGAAGUGUGUUAAUUAAAAAAUGUAGUUUUAAAAUAAAUUCUUUUGAAACACUUUA